AUGGGCGCCAUAGCCGUGCUCCACGCUCUCGACCUGCAAAACAACAACAAGAACCACAACAGCAACAAGCAGACGAAGAAGACGAAGAAGAAGAGGAGGAAGAAGAAGAAGAAGAACAAGAACAAGAAGAACAAGAAGAACAAGAAGAAGAAGAAGAAGAGGAAGAAGAAGGAGAAGAAGAACAAGAAGAAGAAGAAGAAGAAGAAGAAGAGGUGCGGAGGCCAUACCUGCAAAAGGGAAGAAGAAGAAGGAAUAAGAAGAUGGAAGAAGAAGAAGGAAGAAGCAGAAGAAGAAGAGGAAGAGGAAGAAGAAGAAGAGGAAGAGGAAGAGGAAGAAGAAGAAGAGGAAGAGGAAGAGGAAGAAGAAGAAGAGGAAGAGGAUGAAGAAGAGAAAGAAGAAGAGGAGGAAGAGGAGGAGGAAGAGGAGGAGGAAGAGGGGGAGGAAGAAGAGGGGGAGGAAGAAGAGGGGGAGGAAGAAGAAGAGGGAAGAAGAAGAGGAGGAGGAAGAAGAAGAGGAAGAAGAAGAGGGAAAAAGAAGAGGAGGAAGAAGAGGAGGAAGAAGAGGAAGAAGAAGAAGAAGAAGAAGAAGAAGAAGAAGAAGAAGAAGAAGAAGAAGAAGAGGAGGAGAAAGAGGAGGAAGAGCGGGAGGAAGAAGAGGGGGAGGACGAAGAGGGGGAGGAAGAAGAGGGGGAGGAAGACGAGGAGGAAGAAGAAGAGGAGGAAGAAGAAGAGGAGGAAGAAGAAGAGGAGGAAGACGAGGAGGAGGAGGAAGAGGAGGAAGAAGAAGAAGAAGAAGAAGAAGAAGAAGAAGAAGAAGAAGAAGAAGAUGAAGAAGAAGAAGAGGAAGAGGAGGAGGAAGAAGACGAGGAAGAAGAAGAAGAAGAAGAAGAAGAAGAAGAAGAAGAAGAAGAAGAAGAAGAAAGCUAUAUGACCUGCAAUUGCCACAGCGUAGCCUCCAUUUCCCGAAUUCAAACAAAAACCUUUUACGCGA